CCACUCCCCACCAUGUUCACCACCUCCACCACCGCUUCGCCCGAGACCGUGACCGACGAAAUCCCGCUCCUGCACCUGAUGGCGCCGACGUGUGGCGCCGACGGAGACUUCGACGCCACCACGGCCUUCGCUGAGGCCGGGGGGGCGGCGAGCAUGGCGGCGUGUUCGGGGGACGUCAACUGCACGAUCAAGGCGCAGCCAGGGGCGUCCAUCGUGUCGCCUAUUCUCCUCAGUCUCACGGGCGUGGCGGGACAAGUUUGGGCCUUAUGUUACCUGUACGGAAGCACGAGACGGCAAAAUGCGCGUACAGUCUUCUACGUACUCCUCUGCACGUUAGUCUGGCUCCAUCUAUUGGGAAAAAUCCUAACUACGCCCCCUGCUAUCAUAUCAUAUGCCUACGGAACUUGGGUGGGCGGGGAACACAUGUGCGAUUUCCACGGAUUUAGCAUGGUGUUGGUAUGUACUCUAACGCAUUUCACUCUGGCUGCUAUGGCCGUCGAACGAUUCCUGGGCAUCUGUCACGGAUAUUUCUACAGCAGAAACGUUACUCCGCACAGAUGUAGAGUUCUCCUCCUGUCCAUCUUCGUGUUCUGCAUCAUGUUCUCCCUCCUGCCACUGUUCAACAUCGGGCAGCUGUUCUUGCAAUACCCUGGCACCUGGUGUUUCCCCAACCUUCACCUGUGCCCGACGACCCCUCUGAGGCACCGGUUUUUCACGACGACUAUGGGAGUCAUCAACAUCUCAAACCUCGUAGUCAUCGUUGUCUGUAAUGUGCUCGUUGUGGGAAACCUCCUGAAGAUGCGGGUGAGUCGCCACCUUCCUUCGGACCACCACAGGAACAACUUCAGGUUCCGGGGCGGCUGGGACCACGAGCUUCAGAUGGUCCUUGUGCUCUUGGCCAUCACCUGCGUGGCGAUCGUGUCGUGGGGGCCGCUUGAUACCAUCCUGAUAACCAACCAGUUCUGGCCGCCGCACCUGAAGCCCGGAGAUCACAUGGGCGAGUUGCAGGCCGUGCGACUCGCAUCCGUCAACCAGAUUGCAGACCCGUGGAUCUACAUCAUCGUGCGAGUGUGUCUACCAUGA